CGCCACAACAUUCGAGGAAAGUCACUGUCGCGUCAUGGUGACGUUUAACGUAUGCGACGUGAGAAAAGUCAGGAACCAACUUCGCCAACUGGCAGGUUUUCCACAUUGCGCUGGCAAUGGGGGACAUGAAGACCCCAGACUUUGAUGAUUUGUUGGCAGCGUUUGACAUUCCUGACAUUGAUGCCAAAGAGGCCAUUCAGUCCAGUCCGGACGAGGAACGGGAUGAGGUGGGGACUGAUGCAGAGGAGAGAGAGGGUGGGUCUCCUCCAUGCUUUCCCGAUCCCCCUGCCCCUCAAACUGACCCCCCUGUGGUCAGUGUUAUUGUUAAGAACACAGUGCGGUCUGAGUCUUUUGAAGAGGAAGUGAAGUCUGUUGGGGACAAAACGGAUAAUCCUUCGAGUAGUGCCUUAGCCUCUCAGCUUCAGGUCAAGGUGGAUGGCCUCACCUCACAGUUGGGUCCUAAACUGUGUGUUGAUGCUGCCAUAGAGGCCCAGAUUACCAAUGGCUUUAAAGGAUCUGUCCCCAGCGAUCAGGGACGGUCCAACACAGAACCAUGGUCCCAGUCCUCACCUCUGAGGUCCACACUGAGUGAGGGUGAAGGCGAUAAAGAAGCUGAACCUGCAUCGGCCCAGAAUACGACUGAUGCCAUAAACAGUUUGAGGCCCCUCCUCUAUCCCCAGGCUUCUGCCACGGCCGGUCCCACAUUCUCAUCUCCUCAUUCCCCUCCCUCCAUCAGACUUCACCUUUCUCCUCGCUCCCCUCAGAAGGAUGACACUCCCGAUAGUCAUCCAUUAUCUUCCCCAUUACCACAAAACGGAAACACGAAAACUGGAAUCAAGCAUGUUUUGCACUCGGAUGAAGAUGACUCAGAGCCAGAUUUAGGAGGUCCACUGGUGAUCCAGGAGAGUCCAGAAUCUGUAAUGUCCCCUCCUCACAAAUUUAAACACAGAGGGAAAUUACAGUCUGAACCACUUGAGUCUCCUGAAAAGUCCUGCUUGGUUCCUCAUCCUCCUAAUCUCUCUUGUUCUUUGCCACAACCCAAACCCCAAUUUGAGCAGAGCACCCCCAGGUCUCCCCCUCCGAUCAAGCCCCAGAGCCCCCAGGACUCCCUCCCCUUUGUCAGCAAAAGUUCUGCACUAGGCCAGGAAGAGAAAUACCCAGAGCAUGUGAUUGAUGAGAGAGACUCGCCUGAGAGCCCACCACCCAGUGAAACAGGUCUUGUAGUCUCCAACAGAAGCAGCAGUCCUGAUCCACGCUCAGCACCAGGUCCAGACGUGAACCACAAGGAGUUCCAUCAUCAAGAGGAGCCCAUGGAAAGUGAGCCUCUGAGUCCAGAGGACAAGCCAGGUGACGCUGAAGAGAUGAGUGAAAAGAUGACUGAAGAUGGGGAAAAUGUAAAUGAGGAGAGCUAUGAUGCCGGCGCUGACGGUGCCGUGUCUGAUGGUGUUUCAGAGACCGCUUCAUCUCAACCGCGACCUCUCACAGUGAAAAUUAAAACGCCUUCCGGCAGCAUAACAAGGACUGUGACUGGUGUUGCACCUAAACGAAGCGGAAGAGCCACCACCAAGGCUGUGGAUGGUUCAAAAGCGUCUCCAGAACGCCACAACACAAGAUCAAAACGGGGCGUUUCACAACAAUCCCAGUUGUCGGCAGUAGCAAUGCUCCAGGAUGCGUGCGCUGCAACAAUAGAAAGUGCCAGUGCAGUUAAAGAGAAAAACACAGUAGACUUUAAACCUAAAGUUUCCCCUACAGCCGUGAGCAUCACAAAAACUGCAGCACUUCCCUCCGUCUCUGGCCCCUCUUCCUCCAAAGUGGGUCCAGGCGCAAUGAACCUGCGUGGCCUGGGUCAAAAAACCCUGAACAGCGGUAUGGCACUGCCUACUCCUUUACCUCUGCUUCCUCCUCAAAUCAGCAGCAGACCGGCGUCCAUAGUCAACAGCACUGGGGCCAUUAUAUCCAAGAGUCAGACCAACCUGGUGGAAGCCUUCAACAAAAUUCUCAAUAACAAGAACCUGCUUCCUUGUUACAAACCAGACCUGAGCUCCCCUCUUCCACCAGAGUGGGGCAUUCCUCUUCCUGCACAGGGUUACCGCUGUCUGGAGUGCGGUGAUGCCUUCGCUCUUGAGCAGAGUUUGGUGCAGCACUACGACCGACGCUCGCUGAGGAUCGAGGUGACCUGUAAUCACUGCGCCAAACGCUUGGCCUUCUUCAACAAGUGCAGCCUGCUUUUACACGCCAGAGAGCACAAGGAGAAAGGACUGAUCAUGCAGUGUUCACAUCUGGUCAUGAAACCUGUCCCCAUGGAGCUGAUGAUCAGCCAGCAGGAACCAGCAGCACCUGGCCAGGCCGCCCUCAAGCCAGGAUCCCACGCACAAGCAGCACCUAACAAGAAAGCAGAAGCAGUGCACACAAGUUACAAGUGUCCUGAGUGUCAGGCUCAGUUCAGCAGCAGAGAAGACAUGGCGGAGCAUUUCCAAGAAAUCAAACCAGCGCACAGUACUCCAUGCACAGAGUGCUCCCCUCCCAUGCUCCUGCCCAACGGCUGCAGCACAGCGGCUCAUCAGCGCAUCCACCAAGGCCUCUCGCCGCACGUCUGCCCAGAGUGUGGCUUCACCGGCAAGCAGUCACUAUUUCAAACACAUCUGAACGAGACCUGUUUGCACUUUUCCCGCCGCAUUGGGUACAGAUGUUCCAGUUGCCUGGUGGUGUUCGGAGGGUUGAACUCAGUAAAGUCUCACAUCCAACAGGCUCACUGUGACAUGUUCCACAAGUGCCCCAGCUGCCCCAUGGCUUUCAAAUCUGCCCCCAGCAUACAGAACCACAUAACCGCGCAGCAUCCAGCACUUAACGAAAGGCAGACCAUGUUGAUCUACAAGUGUGUCAUGUGUGACACAGUUUUCACACAGAAGCCUCUGCUGUACGUCCACUUUGACACUCAUUUAACAAAUCAGAAGGUGCAUGUGUUUAAAUGCCCUCAGUGCACCAAGCUGUUUUCUCAGAGGAGUUCCCUACUGGACCAUUUCAAGACCCACAAGGCUCCCGCAUUAAAGGGAGAGUUGCCUUUGCCUCCAACUACUUCUUCUCGUCCACGGCCGUCUGCGAAGUUAGACAGCUCAGAUGGGGAAGAAUCGAUGAAUGAAGAGAAACAACAGAAAAUCAAGGUAGAAAGAAUAAAGACCCCCUCGGGGUGGAAGUGCACGUCCUGCCACACGCGCUACACGGAUCGAGAAGACUACAUUGCUCACAUGAGUGAACAGCACGGCAAGAUUCUGAAGAAGUUUCCUUGUAACAAAUGCGAGAGCUCCUUCACCACCACCUCCAGCAUGAGGCGACACAUCAGAGAUAAGCACAAAACCGUGAGUCGCGGCUUUCGCUGCCAGUUUUGUGCCGAGGGUAAGAAAACCUUCGGCAGCCGAGCAAUGUUGGAGAGGCACGUUCAGCUGAGACACAGGAUGGACGCUAUGAGCCGGGACACACCAGUGGGAGGUGGGAAUGAGGCCGACAGCUCGUCAGAGCAGGACGGCAGUUUGGGCCCUCGCCGGAAACGCAGAGGAGCCGUGAAGAUGGAACCGGACGAAGAGUCCGCGGACGGGAUAAGUCCGGUGAAGAAGGUGCGCGCUUCGUCCUCUGCGCCCUACUCACUUCCCGAGUCUGGAUAUCGCUGCGCCCCCUGCGGCUUCACCACAGAGGACCAGGCCACCUUCCUGGAGCACAUCGGCCAGCACAAGAGAGGAGAGGCCGGCAGUCUGCAGUGUCUGACGUGUGGCGCCUGCUUCACGUCCACCUCUUCUCUCUCGCGCCAUCGCUUCAUCACCCACAGAGUGAAAGACGUGUGCCCCGACAACCAGCAGUCCCUCGGCGUGCAGGCGGCUCCUUCUGGUAACCGCGACGAUAAGAGUUCUCUGAACGGUUCGGCGCCGGCCUCGCCCUCCAGUCACCCCUUCACCGGUCAGCUGAAAGAAGAGGAGGGCGCACUGGCCUGUAAGGUGUGUGGCAAACACUUUGAAAAGGCCUCAGAUCUGAACACACACUUCAGGACUCAUGGUAUGGCUUUUAUCAGUGCGAGGAACGCAGGAAAAACUACCUAAGAUAGCAAAUACAAGAAAGAAAAUGUCGGUGAGUCCAUAGGUGGUUAAAGAAGAAGUGCCUGUUUAUUGUUGAAUUCUCAUGAAAGUUAUGCACCUAUGCACUGAUUUAACCAAAGAUGGUGAUUCUCACUGUUCAAGGUGGUCCUUGACCUUCUGAAACUCAGGACCUAAUGCUGCAUUUCUCUUCUCAGUAAUGAUACUGAUGAGAUUAAGGCUCCUUCCUGUUCAGACCGGUUCACCGCUGUGAACGCGUAAUCAUGUUUCUAAUCCCGCUGUGAUUGUGACGGCUGUUUUUAAAUGAAAGUUGAUAAACGACGCAUCUGUUUAGAUUUCAUUAUUUUCAUCCUACUGAGAAGAUUUUUUAUUUGUUUGUUCUUUUUUUUUACCUUUUUUUUUUUUAGAGAAUAAUUGCUGUGGUUUAGAAUAUGAUGAUUCACUUAUUAUUAAGUACAUGUUUAACUUAAGGCCAGCCAUUUUCCAAAGCGUUAAGCGAUGUUUUAGAUUAUUACCUUAACUACAAUCACUGGCUUUCAGCAUGUAUAUGAGAAUAUAUUUACACAUACUGGGUGUUACAUUUAAUUUCCUGUUCGGGUUUUCACAAUGUUUCCUCACUGCAGUGUAGGGACACUAACACGAAAAGGAUAUUUCGUACAAAAAAAAAAAAAAUACUUUUGAUAGAUUCCCAAUUCAUUUGGGCUGAAACUUUACUUUUUAAUAUACAUUGUCUGGCCAAAAAAAAAAAAAAAAUCACCCCUGUAUUUAACUUAGCAAAGAGAUACAAGCCUCCUGUUGGAUAGUUACUGCAUGGGUGAUUAUCUUUCAGCUGGAAACAAGUUAUUUAAGCCCAACUGAUGCAAUGAUGCAAUGAGUAGCUUCUCAUUUCUUAAACAACCACGUGGAAAGACACAUCCUGUGGUUGGUCGUGGUCCCAUGGACUAAAAUUGGGUUAAGAACUGUCCGACUCAUUAUUAUUAUUAACCCUGAUUGAUCAACAGUGGAACUCAGGGCUUUGUUUAAUUGUGAAAGUAAGAUCAUUUCCACACAUACAGUGCAAAGGGAACUCAAGGUGUUAAGAAAACCAAUAAUCAGUGAGGUUAACUGGAAAAAAGACUUUAGUUUGCUAGCUAGCAUAAAUAUUCUGGAUAUACUCUGGAUCAAUGGAAGAAGGUCAUGUGGUCUGAUGAGUCCAGAGUGAUGGGGCAUCGGGGUAAGAAGAGAGGCAGAUGAAGUGAUGCCCCCAUCAUGUCUAGUAUCUACUGUACCAGUCUGUGGGGGCAGUGCUAUGAUCUGGGGUUGAUGCAGCUUCUCAGGUCCAGGUUCAGCAACAUUAUGCCCAAAGAAUGAGGUCAGCUGACUCCCUGAAUAUACUGAAUGAACAGGUUAUUCACAUCAAUUGAUUUUUUUCUUCUCUGAGGUCAUUAGCAUUUUCUAAGACGAUAACGUCAGGAUUCAUGGGGCUCAGAUUGUGGAAGAGUGGUAGAAGACUUUGAUCAGUGGUCAGACUCUUCCACCAUCAUUACAAGAUCUUGGUGAAAAAUGAAUGCAACACUGGAUGGAAAUGAAUCUUGAGACGUUGCAGGAGCUUCUUAUUGAAACAGUGCCACGCUGAAUGCUGCUGUAAUCCAACCUGAAGGUUGUCCAAUGAAAUAUUAGAGUGCAUGACCUUUUAUUUUGGCCAGGCAGUGUAAUUUUACACAGAUCACAUACAUUAGAAGCACGCUGGGUAUCCCCACUGCUAGACAGGGUUAGGGUUAAACGUUCAUGGUGGCACGACACCUGAGAAGACAUCUGGAAUAAAUGUGAAAGUGCUGCCUCUUAUUGAGAAUCUCGACUAAGGGAGAGGCCCUGCACAUGUAUGUUUCUGUUGCACGUUAAGUCAAAUAGGACCAAUUACCAUCUGCAAAACAGGAAUUCAAUCCAAAAACUCGAAGCUUUGGAAAAUGGUCAGCAGUUAUCUGACACUAUGUGUACUGGGGUGAAACUUUCAAACUGUUGAAGUGAGUUUUAAAAUGGAAUGUACUGUAUUUACGCCAGAUUAACAGAUUUCUUCCCUCUCAGUGAGCGAGAGACGGAAGCAAAAAUAUGUGUUUUUAUCGAUAUGCAAGGGGACACUAGCAAAAACUACUCAAUUCUGACAUCACAGCCCUGCGUUAAAUCUUAGCUUCACGGAGGUUAUCGUGUUCAUUGUUGGAGGAUGUAGUCUGUGGUGCUGUUAAACUGGAUCGAGUUCAAAGAACUAAAGUGUUUUUGUUAUUUCUGUUACUAAAGCGGGGUCGUCAAAAUAACAGAAACAUGCUGGUACAGCACAAUUGAUGAGUACCACAAACUACAGACUCCAUAAUGAAAACACAGUUGAAUCGACGGCUCUCAGUUGUUUUGUAACUCGCGCUCAAUUCCUUAAACGUCACAAAGAUUUAUUUCGAGAUUGUUAUAUUGGACUGUAUUUGUUUUCACUAGUGUACCUAAUGAACUGGCAUCUGAGUGUAUGCGUCUUAAUGGAAAUGCUGUAAACAGAUGUAUGUAUUUCUUAUGCUUUUCUGAGAACAUGAGAGUAUGUUGAACGUUUUCAGACUUUGGUAAAAAAGAAAAAUCAAUCUUUGUUCUACGCAACAGGCUGAAGAAAUCCAAUCAGAUGUUUCCUCGUGGUGACACAGAUCAGGUUGUGUUACGUGAAAACGUUCAACGAAAUGGUUGCAUGAGACAAAGAGGACUAGGCCGUGGCGAGUGUUUUGUCGUGAGUGCUUCGUUAUGAUUUCAUCUUUACAUGUAGUGAUGCCUCCCUCUGUGGUGAGGUGCUAGUUCUCUGGAAUAUUUCUGACCACACACCAGUAAUGUCCACAGACGGAGGCAACGUUGUAAAAGCGCCUCCCCCCUGUAAUGUACCGUACUCCUUGUAGACUUGUUUUUUUUUUUCUUUCCUCAGGAGAUAAUCCAAUGCCUUAACACACACUGUUCUCUUUUAGAGUAUCUGCUUUUUGCAUCGACAGAAGAUUUGCCUAACCAAAUGUUUAUUUAAAAAAAAAAAAAAAGUUGAAUAAAAACUAGCACACUGGCAUAAACUUACCUUUCUUCUCCAAGUAGAAUCUUUCAUCAUGUGUGUAUAUUAGUAGUCUUUAUUGAAUUCAGUAAUUUGUCAUGAUGUACAUAUUAAAUCAAUCUAAUAAUAGACCCACA